AUGGUCAAACCACUAACUUUCAAAGGCGACAAGCCCAAGAAGGCCAAAAAGCGCAGUGCGCCCUACCCACCCAGCAAACCCACUUCCGCGACGAAACUCACGCAAGAGGAAACCGCCGAGCAAGAGUCUACAGCCGAAGACCAGAGCUGGGUGUCGGCGGACGCGCCCUCGGACAUCGCGGGCCCCGUCAUCAUCGUUCUCCCCUCAGACCCUCCGACCUGCAUCGCCAGCGACGCCAAUGGGAAGGUCUUCGCGAGCGCGAUCGAGAACCUGAUCGAGGGUGAUCCGGGCACGGCGGAGCCGCAUGAUGUUCGGCAGGUUUGGAUUGCGACUAGGGUUGCCGGGACAGAGGGGAUUAGCUUUAAGGGUCAGCAUGGGAAGUAUUUGGGCUGCGACAAUUAUGGAAUCCUGAGUGCCGCGUCAUCGGCUAUUUCGCACCAGGAGUCGUUCGUCGUUAUUCCGUCUGAGGUGCCUGGGUCGUUUUGUCUGCAGACUGGUGGUGGUGAUAAGGAGACGUUUGUCUCUGUUACGGAGGGGAAGUCGAGUAAGGCGGCGAGUGGGAGUGUGGUUGAGGUGCGGGGCGAUGCGACGAGUCUUUCGUUUGAGACGACGAUGAGGAUUCGCAUGCAGGCGCGGUUCAAGCCGCGGAUCAAGGCGAGUAAGGAGACGAAGGCGAAGGAGAAGAUUAGCCAGAAGGAGCUGGAGGAGAUUGUCGGGAGGAGACUGGAUGAUGAUGAGGUCAGGAGGCUGAAGAGGGCGAGGAAAGAAGGAAAUUUUCAUGAGGAGGUGCUGGAUGUUAGGGUUAGGGGGAAGCACGAUAAGUUUGCUUGA